CAAGAGCCGGACAAUUUCCUUGUUUUCCUCGUUCCUACAUCGGCACUUUCUCAGAUUUCUUUGGAAUGGAUCCAACGGUAUGUAGAAACUCACCGUCACCGGUUCAACAUUCCCUAACACCGGUCGACAUAGAGAAUUGUGACGUUGAAAGCACAUGUGCAUCCGAGGACCACGAAGGAGAUAUAGUAGAAACGGCAGCAUCUGAUAUACAAAACGGCAACUCGACUACAUAUACUGAUUCCAGUGGAACUAUUCCGAAUUUAACAGAAAUACCCGGAAAACAGUCGUCAAUUAAUGUAAAGUUGGAGCCGGGACUCGUAACCGACUCCGUGGUGGGUGGGGUAGACGUACCUCUUUGUACUCCUGCGGUAACCUGUCCCACACAGUGGGGUGGCUACUCUGUUACGACUCCUGAAACUUUGUAUUGUCAACCACUAGUCAACGCUCAAUACAUUGACACAAAUUCCUCCGUAGGUUCGUUUGAUUCUGGGCGGUCAGCUUUCGAACCCCCAGCCCCAGCUCCCCCACUCGUUACCACACCAAAAAACAAUGCUGGUGUAGGCACGGGUUACCCUAUCGUUUCUGAUAAUGGUACGAGUGCCGUUGGUGAUCCCAUGCUUCCACGUGUCACCGAUAUUGACGAACUAAACCCGUUUGAUACAACCGCCAUGCAAGCUGCAUCAACUGCAACUUACAACAAUGCUUACAACAAGUAUUCCACCCAGACUGUAAAACAGCACCUGUAUUCAAUGGAACCUGUCAAACCUCCCUCUCCUUCCCAGUACCAGCGCACGUGCUCACCUUACGAUAUUCCCAACAAAAACCUAAGCAACGAACCCUUCAAUCUCACGUGUCCCAGAUCGCGAUCAGAGAGCACGGGAAACGACGUUGCUCAUCAGGAACAAUCCAAGAAAGUCAUUGUUCCGGCAGAUCCCAGUCACUGGACGACAUCACACGUUCGUGAAUGGCUUGAAUGGGCGGUUAGGGAGUACAAAUUACGCGAUCUUGACGUCAGCAAGUUCCCUCAAAUCGACGGGAGGGAGUUGUGCAAUCUCACAAAUGACCACACCCACUUCGUUCAGAUCUGUGGGUGGAACACAAGUGUGGCGGACUGUCUCCUCACCCACCUAAACUACCUCCGGGAUGGUGUUGCAGUUAGUACUGGAUACAGUAACGACACCGUAACUACUAAUUCUCCAGCUUCUACCGUAUCUUAUACCCAUAGCAGUGGGGGCAGCUGUGUGGCCCGCUCUCCUACAGAUCAUGGUUUCGGCAAGUCAGCCUGGACUCCACAGACAAGUCCAACUCCACAAGUUACAGAUCCAUAUCAGCUCUACGGUCCGAUUUCAAGUCGUCUGUCAAGCUCCGGGAGUGGUCAGAUUCAGCUUUGGCAGUUCCUACUAGAACUCCUCUCAGACCGACGUAACGCGGGCUGUAUAGCAUGGGAGGGAAACAAUGGGGAGUUCAAGCUGGUCGACCCAGACGAAGUGGCCAGACGCUGGGGUGAGAGAAAAAGCAAACCUAACAUGAACUACGACAAACUUAGUCGCGCACUCAGAUACUACUAUGACAAAAACAUUAUGACAAAAGUUCACGGUAAAAGGUAUGCAUACAAAUUUGACUUUGUGGGCCUGCAACAAGCAAUCCAACCAACUGCCCCGGACACAGCUUACAGGUACCAACAGGACAUGCUUAUGUCCGGAUAUCCGUCAUCUAGGCUCAACUACCUACCUGCGCAUGCGUCAAUGCCAGCACCGACCACCCCCAGCUUAUUUGCGGCCACAAAUCCUUAUUGGCCAACGACAACCAAUAAUAUCUCACCUUACAUUUCAAAUCAUGUGAUGUCACCACACGCAGGACAUUUGCCGACACACAUGGGAUCGUUUUACUCGUAAAACGUUAGUUACAAUGACAUUACUUGUUAUUUAUGGCAAACUAUUACCACAUUCCUUUCUGUAUAUAUUUGCAGAACGUUUUAUUUAUAAAAAUCUUUUUUGUUGGAGAAUCGUUGUUAUUUUCAAAACGAGAC